AUGUUGUCGCUACUCUCCUCUUCGGUCUUGCUGGCUUGUGCUGCCCAGCAAGCACUUGCUCAAUUCGUGACCCCUCCCACGAAUUUGACCUCGAAGAAAGGCUACGCAGGAAUCAACGUCCGCUACAAGUCUGUCCCGGCAGGAAUCUGCGAACAGGACCCCGAUGUCAAAUCCUACUCUGGCUACGCCGACGUGGCCCCCGGCGAGCAUAUCUUCUGGUGGUUUUUCGAAGCACGGAAUGGAGAUCCCUCGGAAGCGCCUCUGACCAUCUGGAUCAACGGCGGUCCCGGUAGUUCCUCCAUGAUCGGGCUGUUCCAAGAACUAGGGCCCUGCAACGUCGAUGCCGACGGAAACCCGGUGAACAACCCAUACUCCUGGUCGGAAUUCAGCAACAUGAUCUUCAUCGACGAGCCGACUCAAGUGGGCUUCAGCUACUCUACGCCCGUGCCCGCAUACACCGAUCCUGUGUCGGGAGACCUUAUCGAGUUGCCCGACAACACCUGCCCAGAGUACGCCAGCGACUGGGGUUGUGGCACGUUCAGCUACUUCAACGAGAGUCUGACGGCGAACUCGACGCCUGCAGCUGCGCCGAAUAUGUGGAAGACGCUACAGGGCUUCAUGGGCGCGUUCCCCGAAUACUCAAGAAACGGCGUGUACUUCACGACCGAGUCCUAUGGUGGCCACUACGCUCCAAUUUUCAGCGAGUACUUCGAGGAACAGAAUGAUAAAAACAUUGAGGGAGCGCACAACAUCAGUCUCGAAGGUGUCCUGAUCGGCAAUGGAUGGUACGAUCCGCUCAUUCAGUAUCAAGCAUACUACAACUUCAGUGUGUUCCCUGGAAACACCUACGACUAUGACCCGUUGAACCAGUCUGUCAAGAACCAAUGGUACAACAACCUCUACGGGCCAGGCAACUGCUACGACCAGACGGUCGACUGCAACACGCGAGGAAUCAACGAGAUCUGCACGGCGGCCGACAACUUCUGCUACGAGAACGUCGAGAACCUCUACGACAUCUACCUCGGACGCGACGAGUACGACUUCCGGUACCUGAUGCCCGACCCUUUCCCGCCCCUGUACUACGUCGACUACCUCAACACGGACAGUGUGCAGACGGCGAUCGGGGCGUACGUGAACUUCAGCGAGAGUAACACGGCGGUGGGCAACGCGUUCGGCAGCACGGGCGACGACGACCGCGAGAUCGGCACGGUCGAGGCGCUCAAGAAGCUUUUCGCCCGCGGCAUCAAGCUGGUCAUGUACUUUGGUGACGCCGACUUCAACUGCAACUGGCUCGGCGGGCAGGUGGUGGCCGGCCACGUCAACGCCCCGGGCUACGAGGACGCCGGCUUCGUCAACAUCACCACCCCGGACGGCGUCGUGCACGGCCAGGUGCGCCAGUCCGGGUCGUUUGCCUUUGUGCGAAUUUACGAGUCCGGCCACGAGGUGCCCUUCUACCAGCCCCUCGUGAGUCUGGAGAUGGUCAACCGCACCAUCCACGGCCUCGACAUCGCCACCGGCAAGAUCCUCGUCGACCCCAAGUACAAGACCUCCGGCCCCAAGGUGAGCUCGUACCACGAGGGCAACGGCACCGUGCAGCUUGAAGUCGUGCCCACCAGCGCCAUCUACAACGUCACCACCGCCUUGCCUCAGAACGGGACCGACACGACAUCAUCGGGGAGGAUGGCCAAGAGGAGCAGCGAAUCGAACAAGAGGGCUCAUAAGCGGUUGAGGACUAAGAGGGACUUCCUCAAUGCAGGGAAGAGGAGGUGGGUGCUGCUUGACGAGCAGUGA